UUGUUUGCUUUGAACAACACACUAUAACAUACAAAUUAAAGCGAGCAAUAAUCCUAAACUAAACCUCACCAUUCCUACAUGACUUCCCACUCUAUAUUAUAUCCUCCGAUCCGAUCCAGAUUUCAUUUCAUUAUAUUUUCACUGCCAUUAACUAACUAACAUACACAGAAUUAAAAUGAAAGUCACCAUUGUAAUGGGCGGCUAUGAAUUUGGCAUGGAAGUAGGGCCUCAAGAACCCAUCCUGGAAAUGAAACGCAGAAUCCAAAACCUUCUCGGAGUGCCAAUGGCCUCCCAAAGCCUCUCCAUUUUCGGGUGGGAACUAAUCGACGGUCUCGACAUGGAAGAUUACCCCAUCAUCUCCGACGGCACAAAAAUCGAUCUUUCCAUCCAAUCAAACCACCCUUUUCAUCAACAACAACAACCUAGUAACACUAAAUUCCAAAUCACCGUCAAAUUCUCAGCCAGAAAAAUAAACAUGGAAGUGGACCCCACCGACACCGUCCGAAGCCUGAAGGAGAAAAUCCACAUAAUCGACGGCACGCCGAUAAAACGGAUGGCCCUCUUCUUCUCCGGCAACGAGCUCGAGGAAGAACACCAGAGCCUAAGCCACUACGGCCUCCGCGAAUUCUCGCAAGUUAUCGUGUAUUUAAAGACGAUGUCACGCGCCAUGGCCGACCCUCCUUCCAGGAAGAUAAGCUUCCUCGUCCAGACCUCUUCCAGCUUACUUAAUGCCGCCACAAUCCCCCUGGAAAUCAGCGAUUUAAGCACGGUUAACGACUUAAUCCAAUCCUUAAUCACGCGAAAAAUCCUGCCCCAAGAUGACUACAUCUUCAUUCAUAAGCAGAGGAUCAUGAGAGAAAGCUGUAGUCUUCGUUGGCAUGGCGUUGAGAAUGGAGAGUGUCUCUAUGUUUUCAAAGGCACUGUUAGCAGUGGAUGAGGCCAGGCUGUGAUAUGAUUAACAAAAAAAAUUAGAUUUUAAUUACUAUUGUUCGGACUAACAUAAUAAUUCAAAUCAGAUAUUCGUAUCAUAUUCCUGAAUAUGCAAUUUUCG